CAUUUCGGUCUCAUUUUAGUUUGGAGUGGGCUUCCAAAUUAAAAGCCGGUUUCUCUCUCUCACACACUCGCACAAAUACACUCACGCGCACACAAAACCCUCGAUCCGAGAGAAACCGAACCAUGGCGAAGCCAUCGAAGCGACAGGCGUCGUCCGAUGAGGCCCUAUCCAACAGCUCCAAUUCGUCGGAGGAGGAGGAGCAGGUCAACGAGCAGAUCGAAGACGAGGAGGACGAGGAGGAGCUCGAGGCCGUGGCUCGCUCGGCCGCUUCCGACGAAGACGACGACAACUCGCCCGUCUCCCAGGACGCCGCUGAAGCCGAUGAGGAGGACGAGGAUGGAAAUAAUGUGUCCAAUGCCGAAAUAAGCAAGCGUGAAAGGGCCAGACUCAAAGAAAUGCAGAAAUUGAAGAGACAAAAGAUUCAGGAAAUACUGGACGUCCAAAAUGCUGCAAUUGAAGCUGAUAUGAACAAUAGGGGGCAGGGGCGCUUGAAGUAUCUCCUGCAGCAAACAGAGUUGUUUGCACACUUUGCCAAAGGUGAUCAAUCUGCAUCUUUAAAGAAGACAAAGGGAAGGGGUCGCCAUGCGUCAAAAAUAACUGAAGAGGAAGAAGAUGAAGAAUGUCUUAAGGAGGAAGAGGAUGGUUUGUCUGGGACAGGAACAACACGGCUUGUUACUCAACCCUCUUGUAUUCAGGGGAAGAUGAGGGAUUACCAACUUGCUGGGUUAAACUGGCUUAUACGACUAUAUGAGAAUGGUAUAAAUGGAAUCCUUGCAGAUGAAAUGGGGCUUGGUAAAACAUUGCAAACCAUCUCUUUAUUGGGCUAUUUGCAAGAGUUCAGAGGAAUUACUGGCCCUCAUAUGGUAGUUGCUCCAAAAUCUACUCUUGGAAACUGGAUGAAUGAAAUCCGACGUUUCUGCCCAAUUCUGCGUGCUGUAAAGUUUCUUGGAAAUCCUGAUGAAAGGAGGCAUAUACGAGAGAAUUUACUGGUUGCUGGCAAGUUUGAUGUCUGUGUCACAAGUUUUGAAAUGGCAAUUAAAGAGAAGACCAGCUUACGUCGCUUUAGCUGGCGCUAUAUUAUCAUUGAUGAAGCCCAUCGGAUUAAGAAUGAGAAUUCCCUCCUUUCAAAAACAAUGAGGCUCUAUAAUACCAAUUAUCGCCUUCUUAUCACUGGCACACCACUUCAGAACAAUCUCCAUGAACUUUGGUCCCUUCUCAAUUUUCUUCUGCCGGAGAUAUUUAGUUCUGCAGAAACUUUUGACGAGUGGUUCCAAAUUUCUGGUGAAAAUGAUCAGCAGGAAGUUGUCCAGCAGCUUCAUAAGGUCCUCCGUCCUUUUCUCCUCCGAAGGUUGAAGUCAGAUGUUGAAAAAGGGUUACCUCCAAAGAAGGAAACAAUUCUUAAAGUGGGCAUGUCACAGAUGCAGAAACACUUUUACAGGGCUUUACUGCAGAAAGAUCUUGAAGUUGUUAAUGCUGGUGGAGAACGUAAGCGUCUUUUGAAUAUAGCAAUGCAGCUGCGUAAAUGCUGUAAUCAUCCAUACCUUUUUCAAGGUGCUGAACCUGGUCCUCCUUAUACUACAGGAGAGCAUCUUACUACAAAUGCUGGUAAAAUGGUUCUGUUGGAUAAGUUGCUUCCAAAACUAAAAGAACGUGAUUCUAGGGUCCUGAUAUUUUCACAGAUGACAAGGCUGCUGGACAUUCUUGAAGAUUAUUUAAUGUUUCGUGGAUACAAAUAUUGUCGGAUUGAUGGGAAUACUGGUGGAGAAGAUCGUGAUGCUUCCAUUGAUGCUUUUAAUAAGCCAGGGAGUGAGAAAUUUGUUUUCUUACUAUCAACUAGAGCUGGAGGCCUUGGAAUUAAUCUUGCUACGGCAGAUGUUGUCAUUCUUUAUGACAGUGACUGGAAUCCACAAGUUGAUUUGCAAGCACAGGACCGUGCUCACAGGAUUGGUCAAAAGAAAGAAGUUCAAGUUUUCCGGUUCUGCACGGAGUAUACUAUUGAGGAAAAAGUGAUUGAGAGGGCUUAUAAAAAGCUUGCACUUGAUGCUUUGGUGAUUCAGCAAGGACGAUUAGCAGAGCAAAAGACUGUUAAUAAAGAUGAGCUACUUCAGAUGGUGAGGUUUGGUGCUGAAAUGGUUUUCAGUUCCAAGGAUAGUACAAUUACAGAUGAGGACAUUGACAGAAUUAUUGCAAAAGGAGAAGAGGCGACUGCUGAGCUUGAUGCCAAGAUGAAGAAAUUUACAGAAGACGCUAUCAAAUUUAAAAUGGAUGACACUGCUGAAUUGUAUGAUUUUGAUGACGAGAAGGACGAGAACAAGGUUGACUUCAAGAAACUUGUUAGCGAUAACUGGAUUGAACCGCCCAAGAGAGAGCGGAAGCGGAAUUACUCUGAAUCUGAAUACUUUAAGCAAACAAUGCGCCAAGGUGGUCCGGCAAAACCGAGAGAGCCUCGAAUUCCUCGGAUGCCUCAAUUACAUGAUUUCCAGUUCUUUAACACACAAAGGCUAAGUGAGCUGUAUGAAAAGGAAGUGCGUUAUCUGAUGCAAACACAUCAAAAGAAUCAGUUGAAAGACACAAUAGAUGUGGAUGAACCUGAAGAGGUGGGAGAUCCAUUAACUGCUGAAGAGCUGGAAGAGAAAGAACGGCUAUUAGAAGAGGGGUUUUCUUCAUGGAGUAGAAGAGAUUUCAAUACUUUCAUUAGGGCUUGUGAGAAGUAUGGCCGAAAUGACAUCAAAAGUAUUGCUUCUGAGAUGGAAGGGAAAUCGGAGGAGGAAGUUGAAAGAUAUGCAAAAGUUUUUAAAGAAAGAUACAAAGAGUUAAAUGAUUAUGAUAGGAUCAUUAAGAAUAUCGAAAGAGGGGAAGCUAGAAUUUCUCGCAAAGAUGAGAUCAUGAAAGCUAUUGGGAAGAAGUUGGACCGGUACAAGAAUCCAUGGCUGGAACUUAAGAUUCAGUAUGGUCAGAACAAAGGGAAGUUGUACAAUGAAGAAUGUGAUCGAUUCAUGAUAUGCAUGGUUCACAAACUCGGGUAUGGGAACUGGGAUGAGUUGAAGGCAGCAUUUCGUACUUCACCCUUGUUUCGUUUUGAUUGGUUUGUAAAGUCUCGCACAACUCAAGAACUUGCGAGGAGGUGUGAUACCCUAAUUCGGUUGGUGGAGAAGGAAAAUCAAGAGUAUGACGAGAGGGAGAGACAAGCCCGUAAAGAGAAGAAGCUUGCCAAGAGCAUGACACCAUCAAAGCGUGCUCUGGCUAGGCAGACGGAGAGCCCCAUUUCUAUAAAGAAGCGGAAGCAAUUAACCAUGGACGACUAUGUGAGUUCGGGAAAGCGGAGGAAAUGAUACUGAAAUUUAAAAUUAUGAUUAACUUUUUGUUUUUUGCGUUUUCAUUUUGGUGUAGUAGAGUAGAGUAUUAUGGCAAGGAGUGGCUCUAGUUUGCAAGCUAGAGUUUGUUAUAUCCCCUUAUUUUUGAGAUCUGUGUUCGACAGAAUCCAUUACGUCAUCAAUGGAUUUGGUAGUGUAUUAGAUUAAGAAAUAGUUUUUUGGGAAUUUGUAUAAAAUGAAUAUAGGAGGCAUCUCCUAAAUUACUCUUGAUUGUAGUUAGAAUAUAUUGUAUUAACUGGAUCAAGGCAGAGGCACCCAAGGCCUAGUCUUAUUUUCCUCUUUACGGUGUGUACAAUGUUGGUAUUUUAGUAGUUUCUGUUGGUAUUGGA